AUGACAUCUGUUCAUUCAAGACAGGAAUCAUUUGCUUCCUCAUAUGUCUCCACAAACGCACUUAGGGGAACAAACACAAGAACUAGUGGCAUGCCACCAACCCCAAGAACCAGACAUCUGGUGAAGAUAGGCCCAUGGAAACUAGGAACAACUUUGGGAAAGGGUGCAACAAGCCGUGUUUUCCUAGCAACAAACAGCCAGACAGGUGAGAAGGCUGCCGUUAAAGUCGUGUCCAAAUCUACUCUUAAUGCGGCAAGGAACUCGGAGCCUGCUUCUGAUAGAGAUUGCGACUCUGCUGGACUCAGCUACGGUAUUGAACGUGAAAUAAUUAUCAUGAAGCUAUUGAAUCAUCCAAAUGUUCUUAGACUGUACGACGUCUGGGAAACAGAGAAGGCACUUUACUUGGUUCUUGAAUAUGUGGAAGGUGGUGAAUUGUUUGACUUGCUUGUUGAAAGUGGUCCGCUUCCUGAAAGAACGGCUGUUGCCUUUUUCAGGCAAAUUAUUCUCGGAGCCUCAUAUUGUCACAGCUUGGGUAUCUGCCAUAGAGACCUGAAGCCAGAAAACUUACUUCUGGAUCGUGAUUAUAACAUCAAGAUUGCCGAUUUUGGAAUGGCUGCUCUGGAGUCCAAAGAUAGACUUUUGGAAACAUCGUGUGGCUCACCUCAUUAUGCAGCUCCAGAAAUUGUUUCUGGACUUCGCUAUCAUGGCUCUGCAUCUGAUGUCUGGUCUUGCGGUGUUAUCCUAUUUGCACUUUUAACCGGUCGACUUCCAUUUGACGACGAAAAUAUUAGAGACCUCUUGCUCAAGGUUCAAAGGGGUCACUACGAAAUUGUCGAAGAUCUUUCUACUGAAGCUCGUGAUUUGAUCUCCAAGAUGCUUACAGUUGAUCCAGAGAAGAGAAUCAAGACUCGCGAUAUCUUAUACCAUCCUUUGCUAUUGAAAUAUUUCGGAGGACCUGAAGAUCUUGCCGAUUACAACAGUCUUCCUGCCCCAGAGGCAGCAUCCCAACCUGUGGCCAAGUCCGCUGAUGGUAUAGAUAAGCACAUCAUUCGCAAUUUGGUUACAUUAUGGCACGGAAGAUCUAAAGAUGACAUUGUGAAAGCUCUUUUAAGUCCUGAGCAGAACUCGGAAAAGACAUUCUACUCCCUUCUCCUGCGUUAUCGUCAUGAUCAUAUUGACAGGGGCGGAAAUUCACUCGUGAGAAGUAGUUCUAUGAUUUCCAAAAUUACAUCGAGUCCGGCUAGAUCCGCAAUGAGUAGUGGUGCAGGCAGUAGUCGGCAUUCGAAAAGCCGGUCUAAGAGCUCGUUUGCAAAUUCAUUUACCGCUUCUUCUGCCCACAACAGACCAGUGUCUUUCCAAAACAUUCAUUCACACAGACCUGGGGCCUCUACUAGUGGAUCUAGUAGAAGCACAUCCAGCAAUAGUUUAGUGAAUAAUUUGUCUAACCCAUCCAGAAGAAAUUCAUUUAUUAGAUCUGCCUCGAUUCCGCCACUUCCCGAAGGAGCGACAUAUGACAAAUACCUUCAGAAAGACACUUCCACCGAUCCACAGGCAGCUGCCGACAAUUCUUCUUUGAACAAUUCUCAGAGGCAAAGUUUGUCGACAUUGAAACGGAAGUCACUGACACUUUGCGAGAACGAUAGUACUGUUACAGCCGAUGCGAAAUCUUCUAUGGCUGCCGGUGAAGCAGGUACGGUUGUCGAUGUUGAUGCAGCCGUUAAAUCAUCAUACAUGUUGGAAAGGUCAGUGUCGGGUUCUGCCAAUAGAUCCUUGGACACAACUCAUAAUGCUAUGAAAAAAUCCAGGAAUUCCAUGGCUUUCAGCGAUUCCAAUAUAUUACAGAGUGGCUCGGAAACAAGUGUAUCUGUCCAGAACACUACUGGAGAUACAUCCACCUCUGUUAAUAAUGAGAAUGAGUCGGCACUAAAGAAUUCAAUAACGUCCAAAGUUCUUUCUGCAUAUGCACAAUUGGCAUCGGUUGAGGAAGGAAGUAAGAAGAAAGUGGAGGAUUAUGGUAAGCGCACAUCAACCGACUUUGGCAAGCUCUGUGAUGCAUUGUUUGGAACUGAAAGCAAAUCAAAUACCGCAAUUCCUACUUCUGAUUCUAUGGCCACCAUUAAUGCCAUAGUGUUGAACAGUCCGCAUGAACAGGAUAAGAGAAGAAGCAGAAGAGCAAGCAGGAGAAUGUCCAAGUUGAAGAGAUUAUCUACUACUUCCAAGAGGAGAUCUGUGAUCACCAAGCAUAAUUCUUCUCGCCGUCUAAGUAUGUAUCUUGAAAAGAGGGGUGGUAAAAGGUCCGAAAAUUCAAAGAGAGCGUAUUCGACACCUCUAGAUAGGAUCUCUCAGAUUUUGCAGUCUGAAGAUGUUCAAGGUAAUAAACGUAGAGCAGCUUCUGACUUUGAUGCUGAACAUGUGCUAGGUAGAACGGCGAUUUCUGCACCUCCUAAGCCUGUUUCACGGUUGGAUCCGAGAUAUAACGCAUAUCACAGAUAUGAGGUCACAGUGGAGAAGCUUGCGUUGGAAAAGAAGGAGGCUGCUUUGGAAGAAAAGAGGAGAAAGGAAGCUGAAAAAAAGAGAAAAGAGGAGGAGGAGCAAAAGGAGGCAGCACAGGCCAAAGCUAACGCUGAUAUUCAACAGGCUGACGAAAGUGGUGAGAGAAGUGAGGGUGAUGAUGAUAGAACGGACGACGAUGAUGAGCGUCAUGAUUUGAAAUCUACUGUGGAGCGCAGAGAAAGCCUUAGGCGGAGUGUUGAUGUUGAUAAAUCGUAUGAUAAGCCUGCUCGUCAUUUUUCGUCUGCUAGAGGUUCGAGGAUUCCAACAAGAAUCAGUGAUGUUGUUAUUCCACAGGUUGCUCGUAAGUCAAAGGCAUUUCCAAAUGAAAAUAGGUACAGCGUUCUUUCCAUAUAUUCUGCUUUGAAUUCCUCGAGUCGCCUCAGUCAGUACGUUAGGGAACUUGAUGAUGAAAUGAGCAAAUCCAAAUCUGCAGCAUUUAGAAAAUCAACCUCCAGGAUGAGUCGACUUAGUAUGCUUUUGCAGGAUAUCGAUGUGGGACCCCAAUUUGACGAGGGGAAUGAGGAUGAUGAAAUGGGUGGUGAUUCUGAUGAUACUAUUAGGAGAAGCCCAGCAAUUGAAGAGGAAGAUGAAUGUGAGAAUGUCGACAAUGACGAUCCACAACUUGAUGAUGCUCUUGAUGACACCGUUGACAUGAAUCUUCGUUUGGAUGAUCCUAAACAGAAACGUGCCUCCGGCGCUACAGAUGAUCUUUGCUUUGUUGACAAAAAAUCACAAUCAAAGUUGGUCACCAGUAAGCCAAAUCUUGCUUAUAACUCCUCGCACAACUCUCUUAUCUCAAAUCACUCAGAUGAUGCGAAUGCUUAUAAGGGAAUGCAUCUCCCUGAAAUACCUGGAUCACCUCUAAAAAAAGAAAUUUCACGAAAUUCAAAGUCUGAUUUGGCGAAGAACACUGAGGAAAACGCUGUUGAAUCAAAAGCCCAAGCUGCAAGUACAGGAAUGACUAAGAGUAAAGAAAAAAGCUCUCUUCCUGCUGUUCCAGCUGCUGAGACGAAAAAGGUGAUUGCUGGUAAAGACUCUGAAAGCAGAGUUCCAAAAAAAGAAGCUCAAAGAGCAGCAUUGAGGCCAAUAAACGGAAAUAGGCCCGAGAUAAAGAAUACUAGAAAGACAUCUUUCUUUAGGAGAUUCUCUAGAAAGAGCCAUGAAAAGGAGGAUGAGCCUGAUAAGGACACAAAGAGGAAAAGUUCCAUUUCAUUGCUGUUCAAACGUAUUUUCUCUGGAGAUACCGAAGCCAAGCAGGUGAUUCAGACGAAGUUGGGUACGCAGGAGUUGUAUGAUGCAAUGAAAUCACUUUUCUUCAAUUGGAGACAUCAUGGUAUAACACACUUGGAUUACGAUGAGAAUUUCCGUCGCAUUAAUGCUGCAGUUGCUAAGCAUAAUGCAAUGGGUGUGAAGCCAUGCAAAUUCUCUUGCAGGGUACUUCAAGUCGAGGAUGAUUUGAAACCUGAUGCUCAGUCUGAGCUGGUUUUUACUUGUACAAGCGGGUCCGGUAAAACAUUCAGCAAGAUGGUUCAUGAGAUUCAGGUGAUAUUGGAUAAGGAGUCUGUGUAUGUUGCUUAA